GGCGGGCCUCUGCGGCGGAGAGGCCUUCCCGGCGGGAAACUAGUCGGCUGGAGGGAAGGAGGAGCCUCGGCGGGCCGCUCUUCUUGACCCGCAUGCAGGUUUGAAAGAGCUUACUGUUCUGGUACAAGAUGCAGUGCUUAAGACAUCGGUUAGAAUUAUUUCCUGACUGUCUUGUGACUCUUAUCCUAUUUAAUGGUGUGAAAAAUGCUGCUACUCUGCGGAAGAAAGCAAUGGAAGGUGCUAUUGAUGGAGCAUUAAUUAAUCCUUCAAUGGUUGUUGAUCCUUUUCAGAUACUAGUAGCAGCAAAUAAAGCUGUUCAUCUCUACAAAAGUGGCAAAAUGAAGACAAGAACGCUUAAUGCUGAAAUCAUAUUCAACCUUUCACCGAAUAAUAAUAUAACAGAUGCCUUCAAAAAAUUUGGCAUUUCUGAUACCGACUCUGCAGUACUCAUAGUUUUGAUUGAACACGGAGAGAAAACUGUGAAUCUGAACAAUCUAAUAAGUCAAGUAGACGGCCAGCAAGUUUCCAUAGCUGAUCUCUCUGAAAUAAGUGACAUACAGAAAAUUAAGAAGGUAUACAAGUUGACUCCACAAGAAGAAAAAAUGGGCACCCUGUUGGAUGGCAUCAUUUGCAGAAUGGCAACAAAAGAAGUAUGACUGCAUCAGAAUGAUAGCAGUUUAUUCUGAAAGAAAUGUUAUUUUAAUUUUUUUCCUCCCUUGUUAUGCCAGUAUUAGAUGUAUUUUAGAAUCUCUGAUUUGGUUUGAAGCACAAUUUUAUUACAUGAAGCAGAAUGAUGCAGCUUUUUAAAGUGCUCUGCUGCCAGUAAUUAAAUGAUUGACAAUUUUAAAUAUUGAAAUUUAAAAAUGCAGAAUUCUGAAGCCAUUUCCCUGCUUUACAUGUCACCUUGAUUCUUUGACUCAAAGUCUCAAUUUUUUUUCUGGAAACACAGAGCAAUGAAUAAAAUUGCAACAAAUUAUCAAUAGGAUUCUUUGACAAUGAAAAAAAUGGAAACUUUAGAUAAUUCUGUACUGAUUCCCUGCUUUCAUUUCAUUUCAGUCUAAUAAAAGUCUUAUAGAAAUCAUACUCCUGUUCCAAACAGAGACUCUUUCCAUGUGAUAAAAUUGAGAGUUAAUAUGAGUUCUCCAGGAAAUUGAUUCUGCUUCUUUGUAGCAUCUCCACAGCCAUAUUUAUAACAAUGGGAUGUACUAGUCAUUUGUUUUCAUAGGUACUGUUAAGUUUCUUCCAUCUCACUCUAUUCUUCCCCUUGGCCAAACUUUGUAUCUUGAGGUUAUCAUCUCUUCUUUGAUUAGACGGACCCAAUACAGAUAAAUUCUGCUUUGCUGUAACCCUAAUUUUCUUUUUUCUAUAGUCUUAUCGCAGCUGUUCCACCUUCCGGUUUCAACCAAGCAUAACUGCUAUAGCACGGCCAUGUUACCAAAUCAUAACUCAUUCCGGUUUCUUUUUCCCCUCGGGGAAGCCUUUUGUGGUUGUUUUUGUUGCACCUUUGAAUUAAAAAAAUGCUUGUUAUUUUUGUUGGGUGGUCAUGGAAGUGUACUUCUUCCUAAACUUUCUGAACAUCACCCACAGCUGGUUUUUGUUAUUAGUAAGCUAGAAAAUACAGGUUGCACCAGACUGAUAUCUACAGUGCACCAAUGGAAUAGGGCCAAGAUCAUAAUUAGGAAGAUUUCUCCCUUAAUCUUGGAUCUGAAUUGCCCUAAUCUAGUUUUUCUCAAUUUGAUACCCUCUGUUUGUCUUUGAAAUACAACUGCAAUGGUCAUGUUGGGUGGAAAUUCUGGAGGUUGUAGGAUCAAUACAUUGAUCAUGCUAAUGCUAGGUUGGGAAAGCCUGACAGCUUUAAUCUUUGAACAUGGAGCACUUUAUUCCAAAUCUUGCUUUUUUAUUUUGGGCAUGAUAAAGUUCUAUAAUUCAUCCUGCAAAACCUAAAGUGUGUUGAAUUUUCUUUAUUGCUUAGGGAUGUUUGAGAAGCUGAGAACAAUAUGUAUGUGAUUGCCAUGAAAUCUGAAACA